AUGAAUCAGGUUUUAAAUGCAAGAAACGAUAAAUUUCAUGAUUUAACACAGUCUGAGAAGCAAAUACUUCUUGAGCUGCAAUAUAUUUUAAAAACAUGUGAACAAAUACAAGAGAAUCUUAAAAAGGCUAUUUAUUUAACAGAUAAAAAAGGAGAACUUUAUCAUAAACAGGCACUUGCAAUUGAAAGUAUGAAAAUGUGGGAAAAGAUUGGUAAAGAUGGUUCUUAA